CACUGUGUAUUGUGUGUGAGCUGUGUAUGUAUUUUAUCAGUAUGUGUACAGUGUGUGUUUGUGUGUGCUAAGUGUAUAGUGUGUGCUACUGUGUACAGUGUGUGUUUGUGUGUGUGUGUGCUACUGUGUACAGUGUGUGUUUGUGUGUGCUAAGUGUAUAGUGUGUGCUACUGUGUACAGUGUGUGUUUGUGUGUGUGUGUGCUACUGUGUACAGUGUGUGUUUGUGUGUGUGUGUGCUACUGUGUACAGUGUGUGUGCUACUGUUUACAGUGUGUGUUUGUGUAUAGUGUGUGUGUCUGUGUGUGCUGAGUGUAUAGUGUGUGUGUGUGUGUGUGCUACUGUUUACAGUGUGUGUUUGUGUACAGUGUGUGUUUGUGUGUGCUAAGUGUAUAGUGUGUGCUACUGUGUACAGUGUGUGUUUGUGUGUGUGUGUGUGUGCUACUGUGUACAGUGUGUGUUUGUGUGUGCUAAGUGUAUAGUGUGUGCUACUGUGUACAGUGUGUGUUUGUGUAUAGUGUGUGUGUCUGUGUGUGCUGAGUGUAUAGUGUGUGUGUGUGUGUGUGUGCUACUGUUUACAGUGUGUGUUUGUGUACAGUGUGUGUUUGUGUGUGCUAAGUGUAUAGUGUGUGCUACUGUGUACAGUGUGUGUGCUACUGUUUACAGUGUGUGUUUGUGUAUAGUGUGUGUUUGUGUGUGCUAAGUGUAUAGUGUGUGCUACUGUGUACAGUGUGUGUGCUACUGUUUACAGUGUGUGUUUGUGUAUAGUGUGUGUUUGUGUGUGCUAAGUGUAUAGUGUGUGCUACUGUGUACAGUGUGUGUGCUACUGUUUACAGUGUGUGUUUGUGUAUAGUGUGUGUUUGUGUGUGCUAAGUGUAUAGUGUGUGCUACUGUGUACAGUGUGUGUUUGUGUGUGUGUGUGCUACUGUGUACAGUGUGUGUGCUACUGUUUACAGUGUGUGUUUGUGUGUGCUAAGUGUAUAGUGUGUGUGUGCUACUGUGUACAGUGUGUGUGUGUGCUACUGUUUACAGUGUGUGUUUGUGUGUGCUAAGUGUAUAGUGUGUGUGUGCUACUGUGUACAGUGUGUGUGCUACUGUUUACAGUGUGUGUUUGUGUUUAGUGUGUGUGUCUGUGUGUGCUGAGUGUAUAGUGUGUGUGUGUGUGUGUGUGUGCUGAGUGUAUGGUGUAUUUCUGCUGAGUGUACAGUGUGUGUGUGUGUGUGUGUUUAGUGUAGUGUACUGUGUGUGUGUGUUUAGUGUACUGUGUGUGUGCGUUUAGUGUACUGUGUGUUUAGUGUACUGUGUGUGUGUGUGUGUGUUUAGUGUACUGUGUGUGUUUAGUGUACUGUGUGUGUGGGUGUUGAGUGUAUCUCACCUGACAGACACAAUGAAAGAAGGAGCACUACUAAUGCUGAUAUUAACUGUUCACGGUAUCAGGUUUUCUAGUUCAGACACAUCUGAUGUGGAGAGAGCAGUUGAUAUUGUGCUGCCCUGUAUCUAUGUGUUAAUGGGUGAUGGGGAAGAAGAAGGUAAAGCCGGAGGUCUUGCCCUCUCAAAAGAACGAGUAACACUCGUUCUGCGGAGCCUAACAGUGAUAGGAAAAGAGGAAGAGCUGGAAACCAUCACAACCUAUCAACUCACAGAAGACACAACAACUCGAGUUAUCCAAGUUUCAGUGAACCUGGAUCCACUUACAUUUGCAAGCAAAUUGCUUCAUGCAGACUGUGAGGGGGAAGAGGUUGUAUGUGAGAUUUCCCCUCUCUCUUCCGCCCAUCUUAACCACCAGUUUUAUAUUACACAUAUCCACUUAAAGGAGCUUAGCAUCUCCAUGGUAACACGGCCAGAGAAGUCCAGUAAGGAUUCAGAAGACUCAAGAGGACCAAAUUCAGUUCUACAUGAAAUGACUGCAGAAACACUAACAGUGGCCUUUAUGAUCUCCUCCACUCCCACUUUACAUCUGACUGCACCAGCUGUUGAUGUGUCUUUAAAUUGUGAGGUUUGGGGGGACACAGAGGGGGCAUCAGUUGAAUGGCACCUGCAGAAGGAGGGCAAAGGACAAAGGUUGGACCCAGAAGAAGGGUCUCGGCUCAGCAUUGUUCCAGGACCCCUGAAAAAGAGCAUGGAUGUAUCACUAACCAUUAAAGGGGUUCGUGUGCAGGAUGAGGGGACGUACAUCUGUGCCAUCACAUCUGGACCCCAUAAAGUACAGCAAAUACUGCAGCUGAAAGUCAGAGAACCACCACAGGUAACAAUGGUUCUGAGCAAAGGUCUGGACCUCACACUGAUUUGCCGUACAGACAGAUAUUACCCAUUGGAUGUAGAGGUCAGCUGGCUUCUAGGGCAGACUCCUGUCACUCACACUCACCCUGUGACUUCCAGCCAUCGUAGGAACAGUGAUGGAACCUACAACUUGAGCACUCAUCUGAAAGUCACAACACCCACGAGCGGUGCUCCCCCUGACAUAUACACAUGUACAGUGUCACACAUAUCUGUACCUGAUCCAAUAACAGCCACAACUGUCAUCCAUCCUGCAGAUGAAGAGAAUUUGAACACACCUGGGGCAGUUGGACUUGUCAUCUCCACUCUCAUCCUUCUCUUCACACUAUUGGCUGUCUUCAUGUUCAAAUUAGACAGAUAACAGAAACAUGAGAAAAGGAAACAUGCAGAGUGAGGUGUAGAACUGUACAACACAGGUGGGGGUGAGGUAUAGAACUGUACAAUACAGGUGGGGGUGAGGUAUAGAACUGUACAAUACAGGUGGGGUGAGGUGUAGAACUGUACAACACAGGUGGGGUGAGGUAUAGAACUGUACAAUACAGGUGGGGAUGAGUUGUACAACUGUACAAUACAGGUGGGGGUGAGGUCAGGUAUAGAACUGUACAAUACAGGUGGGGGUGAGGUAUAGAACUGUACAAUACAGGUGGGGGUGAGGUAUAGAACUGUACAAUACAGGUGGGGGUGAGGUAUAG